UAGUCAUUAUUUUCAUGAUUCAAGUUUAAUCUUUAAUCGUCAGUGUGCUGUGAAACUAAGAUACUAUCAUACUUUAUUUUUUAUGAAGUAUUGUGGUUUCAAAUUGAAUAACUUUAAUAAGUAGAUCUUGAGUAAAUAAUUAUUAUUAUGGAUACCUCUCAAAGAGAAAAAAAGUUUGAACGGCUUCCUACAGUAGUUCGCCCAAAGUCUUACAAGAUUCAUAUCAAACCAAGUUUGGAAAAAUUCACAUUUCAGGUUAUUGAAAGUAUAAAUGUACUUAUAAAUGAUCCAGUUGACAGAAUAACAGUGAAUUCGGUAGGUUUGAAGUACAGUAAAGUGGAACUGCAGCACUCAAAUGGGGAUGUGUUUACGCCAGAAACAAAACUAUCAGUAGAAGAUGAAACACUGUCUCUCUUUUUCCCAAACCCUCUUGCAACCGGCUCAGCAACAGUUAGUUUUGAGUGUUCCGGAACUCUCAAUGAUGACACCAAAGGAUUUUACCGGAGCAGUUUGAGAAAUGACAAAAGUAAAUACAUGGCCAUUACCCAAUUUGAAUCAACAUAUGCGCGCAUGUGCUUCCCAUGUUGGGAUGAGCCUCUAAUAAAAGCUGUUUUUGACAUUACUAUUACUGCUCCAAAGGGGUGUACUGCUGUCAGCAAUAUGCCUGUCAAAGAUGAGGUGGUUGAGUCAAAUGGAGAAAGAACUAUGAUAUUUGAAACGACUCCGUUGAUGUCAACAUAUUUGGUUGCGAUGUGUGUUGGUGAAUAUGAGUACAUUGAAAGUCAGACGUCGGAUGGUGUGACAUUGCGACUGUAUACUGAGCCAGGACUUGUCAAUCAGGGCAGUUUUGCACUUGAGUUCACUGCUAAAGUACUCGCUUUCUACAAGGAUUAUUUCGGUAUCAGUUACACACUGCCUAAGCUGGAUCUUAUGGCUGCUGCUAAUUUUGUUGGUGCUAUGGAGAACUGGGGCCUUAUGUUGUAUCACGAUCACGAGCUAUUAAUAGAUCCGGUAAACUCUACAAAGUCGCGCAAGCAAAGCGUUGCACUUACUGUGGCUCAUGAGAUCGGUCACAUGUGGUUUGGAAACCUUGUUACAAUGGAAUGGUGGACCCAUUUAUGGCUGAAAGAAGGCUUUGCAACUUAUUUGCAAUGGUACUGUUGUGCCCAUUUUUUCCCGGAAUUUGAACUUUGGACACAAUUUUUGGGAAGACAAAUUUAUGCCUAUGAGUUGGAUUCAUUGGAAGGCUCUCAUCCAAUAGAGGUGCCAGUGACUCAUCCUUCACAAAUCUUUGAAGUAUUCGAUUCUAUAUCUUACACAAAAGGCUCUGCUUUAAUAAGAUUGAUUCAAAACUACAUUGGAGACAGCGAAUUCAGGAAAGGCCUCAACUUGUAUCUAACCAGACACCAGUACAAAAAUACCAUAACUGAAGAUUUGUGGGAAGCAUUGGAAGAAGUGAGCUCUAAACCUGUGAGGUCAGUUAUGUACACUUGGACUAGUCAGAAAGGAUUUCCGUUAAUCACUGUUGAUGCAGUCCAUUCGCCCGAUCACAGUUCCAAACCCAACACUAGAACGUUGAACAUCUCACAGAAAAAGUUUUCUUUCACUGACUUCAGCUCAGGUGAAGCAGAUUCAUCACUUUGGUUAGUACCAUUGUCAUACUAUAAGUCGAACAGUCCAACUGAAAUUGUCAAAGACAUUGUUCUCGACAAGAGGGAAACUACUAUUGAGGUGACCAACGUAUCGGACGAUGAAUUUGUGAAAUUCAAUCCAGAUGUUGUUGGCUUCUAUCGCGUCAAGUAUCCAGCCGAGGUGCUUCAACAAUUCUUGCCGAGCAUCAAAUCCAAAACCAUGUCGGCGCUUGACCGGGUUGGUCUAGUCGACGACUUAUUUGCUCUUGCAAGAGCGGGAGAAAGCGACACUGCCCAAUUCUUGAAAUUCAUCCAGGAAUUUUCCGAUGAAGAUAAUUACGUAGUUUGGUCAACAAUCUCAAACUGUCUCAGGAAAAUAAAGACACUAUUGGCAAAUACGGAGCUGGAAAACUCUUUAGAUGCAUUCGGAAGAAAUCUUUUUAAGAACAUAGCUAAGAAAAUAGGAUGGGAAGCUAAAGAGAAUGAAUCUUAUUUGGAUGGAAAAUUGAGACCGUUGUUAAUUUAUGAUCAGUGCAUCACAUUCAACGAUGAGGAAGCUUUGAAAGAAGCUACAAAGAGAUUCCAGGAUCAUUUGCAAGGAGUUUCAGUGAUUUCAAAUGAAUUGAAAUCCACAAUUUACAGUGCUGCAAUGUUGAAUGCUGAUGAAGCAGCUUUUGAGCAUAUGAUGAAGAUGUACAAAGAAUGUAAUAUUUCUGAAGAGAAGGACAGAAUCGGCGAAGCGUUGUGUUGCUGCAGAAACGAACAAUUGCUGAUAAAAGCUCUAGAAUUUGCAAUUUCUGAUGACGUUCUCAUUCCAAAUGGCUGUGAUAUGAUUAUCUCUGUAACUCGUACCAAGUUAGGCAGAGACGUUGCUUGGAAGUUUCUGCAAGAGAAUUGGCAAUUAAUCUACGUCAGGUUCAAGCAUCACUUUAUGCUUCCAGCAAUUGUGAAUUCCAUUCUGUGCCAUUUUUCGAAGGAAGAAAAAGUUGUCGAAAUAGAAAACUUCAUGGCCGGACAUGAACAUUCGUUCGUGGAACGAAAAAUCAAACAGGUGUGCGGAUCUAUAAGGCAGAAUGCUGAUUGGUUGAAACGAGAUUUCGAAGGAAUGAAGUCGUUCUUUCUCAUUAAUUGAGAAUAAGAUUAAAACUCAGUAUACUAUAGUAUUCUUUGUAUUACUGCAGUAUUCUAUGUUUUAUUUUUAUAUAAUUAUACAAUAAUGUUGUUAAAUCAACCGUCUAAAGUGAAUGGUAUAAAUUUUGAAUAAAUAUACAAUUUCUGCA